AAUAGCUUUUUGCGGAAAUGAUACAUUGUCUGCGACAGAGCUGGUAUUAUACGUAGUCGCAAAAUAUUCAGAAUCGAUUUUCAGCAUUACACUGUCGUAAAGCACGGAGUUUGACAACAAAUUUGUUCUAGGUUUAGGACUUCUGUCAGCGAGAGAAAUUUAAUCUAUAUACGCACAGUAAAAAUUCGGAUAGCAAAUAGGAAAUUUCAGGGCAAACAACACAGUAUUCUCAAUUGAUUAAAAGCUAAGGAAAUUACAUUCGCAUCGGAUGGACGUCCAAGCUUUAAAAUGGAUCCUGACAGCGAAUCAUUAAAGUUUGUUAAAUUGGGAAAACCUGUGUAUAGUAAAUCUAGUCAGGAAAUGAAAGUUAGCGAUUUUGACUCCUUAAAUAACCUUAUUUUUCUUGAAAGCGACACGGAUUCAUUAUUGUAUGAAGAAAGAAUAGGUUUGAAAGAAGAAUAUCCCGAUGAUUCUGAAAGUGUAUUGACAAAAACAUCGACAGAUAUUUUGUGUCAGUGUCUUGACACUAAUGGAAACUCUAUAAACACAAAAGUUAUGUUCAAAGUUGAAUUAGACAGGCAUCGGUCGUUUGUGAGAAAAGGAAUGCGUGACGGGUCCAUGGAAUCGGAAGAAAAUCAUAAAAUGAACAGCAAAAAAGCAAUAUGGCGGAGUUUUAUUUCACUGUGCAUUGGUUUAAUGUUUGCUUUUAUAUCUUUUAUGCCAUUAAGAAACAUCCAAACAAGCUUGUAUCCAAUGAAUAAGUUAGGCAACAGUUCAUUAGCGUGCAUGUAUUUUUCCUUUGCGAUUGGUUGUCUAUUUUCGACAUAUAUCACACAGAAUGUUCGCCCAAAAGGAAUCAUUUUAACCGCCUUGUUCGGUCACGUUCUGUACUGUGCUGCCAAUGUGUACCCAUCCAUGUAUACUCUUAUUCCAGGAGCAUGCUUUUUUGGAUUCUUCCAUGCUCCUCUUUGGACGGCGCAAGAGAUAAUACUAGCUAGUUAUGGAGCAAGUUAUUCUGCCAUUGCUAAAAUAAACAUGGACAAAGCAAUUCAACAGUUCCAAGGUGUUUUUCUGGUGUUUUGUCAUGCUGCACAGGUUUUUGGAAAUCUCUUAGAGUCUGCCAUCUUGCACUGCGGAGAUUAUAAUAAUAGACCUUUUAAUGAUUCAAUGCGAACUUCGGAGGUAUUAGACGGGCAAAUUAAAAUUGACAAUAUUACAGAAAGAGAGAACAACGCUAAACAAAUGGUUUGGAUAGGACCUUUCGGAUAUCAGAUCCACGCAGAAGUCAAUUUUCCAGGGGACAAAACAAAUUACGAAAAUGUCAUAAAAUUCGUUUUCAUCUCAUUUGCAGUAAUUGGCAUGACCGUGAUAUGUUUGUUUCUUAAUAAACCUGACAUUAUCAUCAAUAAGAAGAAAACAUUGUUCUGUGACCGAAUGAAAGAGCUUGCUCGAUUUAUACCGACGGGCACCUUCCUAUCAUUGUUCCUUCUUAUGUUGUUCAGCGGGAUGCAGCAAGCUGUUGUCAUCGGCAAUGUUACCAAGUUGUAUGGAUCUUUGACUGUCGGCAUAUCGAUGGUAGGGUAUAUGAUGAUGUGUUAUGGAACUUCUCAACUUUUAGUGCUCCUCAUCAUGGAAAAACUGCACAAGAAAUUAAAACCAAGUGUUGCCAUUUUUAACGCAUUCUUGGUUACACUUGGUUUACUAGUUUGGUUAUACAUAUGGUCCCCAACAUCAGAGAACUUAUUCAAGAUCCUUGGUUAUGUGGCUCUAUGGGGAGCGGUUGAUGGUGUCUGGCAGUCUCAAAUCCAAAAUGUGCUGUUGGCUUGGUCUACCGGUAGGAAGGAAGCUGCCGUGACAAUGUUCCGUACAGUUCAAAGCCUCGGCCUCGUUUUGGUGUUUGUCCUUGACAUUUGGAUGCCCUUACUAAGUCUUAUUUGUGUUUGUGGGGGCGUUCUUGUGCUAGGUGUUAUAUUUUACUUAGUUCUUGAAGUAAUCAGAACACCACUGACGUCACUUGAACCGUCACCAUUUUCUUUAUAGAUUAAUUGUGGUGAACAAUUUGUCUUAAAAAUGUGCUUUUUUGCUUUAAUAUCUCUCAUUCUUUGUUGUUUUAAAGAUUUGUAUCGUUUUGUUAGUUGUAUAAAAUAUCUUUUAUUUAAGAAUGAAAAUAGUUUUUUUUAUCGCUGCAGAUAAAAAUUCUUUGUAUCAUGUAAGCUUCGCUUUAGCAGUUUCUUUUUUUCCUUUAGGAAGAAUAUUGUUGUUAAGAAUUCACUUCGAAAACAUUAUGAUGUCUGGCCCGUACUGUUAGUGCCUGAAAGGGCAGAUUUUACACAUAUGUAUACUGCGUUAAUAGAGAACAAAUGUCACCAUUUGUCCAGCCUAAAUAAAAAACAUAGCUAAAUAAUA